AUGGUGAAUGCAUCACUCAGAAGUAUCCAGGCCCUCAACAUGUUCUCCUCCUCCUGGGCCUUAGUCUUCAUGACGAUAGGAAUCCUCAUAGAAGAAUGGGUUGAACUGACAUGGGAAACAAAGAAAAAUACAAUAAGCCACAAUCCCUGGAUAUGUUGCACCCCUCUUUGGCCAGAAGAUGGCCUGGAAGUGGUCAGGAUCAUGAUGAUUUUGGUUCUCAGCCUUUCCUUCUUCCAUAACUUGCUCCUGGGUUUGGAAUUCACUUAUCUGAUUCCUCAAACUAAACACAUCUUCUUCAUCACUGUCUUCCUCAGUUUCUUCACAGGUAUCCUUCUGCUCUGUGCACUCCUCCUGUAUCAGCAAAAGCUAAAGCAAGGUCAAUCCGUGUACUACUCUAGUUACAAAAUCACCUGGAUCCUUUUCAUUGCCUACUUAAGCGUUUGCCUCUUUAUGGCCUCUGGAAUCCUCUCUUUCCUAGAGUGCAAGCAGUCCACCAAGGUUUGUCCCUGCGUGACCCUCAUCCGUAUACCUGAGAGAGAACAUCAGGACAUAGAGGAAUCUGAGAAUUCUUUUAAAGUUGUUUCCUCACCAGAUGCAGCAAUGCCUCGUAGUAUUGUUCAUUCAAGGGAAGAUUCUCCAAACAGAACACAACUCCAAACACGUCGUGUAACCUGGGCUCUAUGA